AUGGCCAUGCUCCUUGCACAGUACGACCAUGCACCGUUGCAGUCAGCAACAAGCGGCAACAAGAUGCCUCUCGAGGAGCUGAUGCUUGGCCCCGUUGGCAGCCGUUGGAGCUGUUCCCGUCCUGGCUCGGACUCGUUCCCUCCGAGGUCCCUACAGCGGAUGCGAGGAGCAAGGCGCGCCAUUGAGCAUUGCUACCUCUAUAGAUCAGAAAUUCUCCGAAUGUUCCUUAAUUUGGAUGUUAUUCCACGGAGAUGGUUUCGACAGACCGUCACUGCGUAG